CGCGGUGAGAGAGCAGGACAUGCAUCUCAAGCACGCAGUCAAUCCGGCCACGCUCUUGCGUGUAAACUCGUCCGAUUUUGCCCCCAGAUGAGCGAUUAGGAAGGAAGCAAGACGGUGAGGAGGAGGAGGAGGAGGAGGCGGAGGAGAAGGGGGAGGAGCGAGCAGCAUCUGCGAACAAACUGGAUCUUUUGGUCCAUUGCCUCUUUUGGGAGGCUGGCUGCGGCCUGUGGAUUGUCAACGGAAGCCUCGAGCUGGAUUGGAAAUGUCACAACAGCGACGUGCUAGCUGUGAGACCAAGAGGUGAUGGCAGUCCAGACUGAGCUUCACCACGACGAUCAUCUGUCCCCGAUGAUGGUCGUCCUCCCUGCGCACACCUGAGCCUUCACUCUGUGCUUUCCCCUCCUCCCGUACCUCCUUUCCUUGCCCCUCCUCCUCCAAUAACUUAACUCAUCCUGCUUCUGUGUGUUCAAUCACCCUCCUUGAUUAUGGCCUGCUGCGGGCGCUCUCUGGGUUCCCCGUGCACACUGGCCUUGCUGGUGGGCUUCCAGUUUGCCUUUGUGCUCUAUUUCUCCCUUGGGGGCUUCAAAGGUUUGGUGUCCGUCUUGGUGCACACCACAGAGCAAGAGUUUGACUAUUCGCGACCCCACGACGUCUACACCAACCUCAGUCAUCUGAGAGCACCGCCUCCCCCACCUCGCAAUGCUGGCACUGGACCUCCUGUGACGGGGCCACCACUAGCAAGCUGCCAGAUUGUGUCCCCGCUGUUAGUUGGGCCCGUAUCUGUCCAUCUUUCCUCACCUCUGACAUUGGAGGAGAUCAGAAUAAAGAACCCAUUGGUGUUGCCAGGCGGACACUACCGUCCACCAGACUGUGCACCCCGGCACCACACUGCCAUCGUGGUCCCAUACCGAAACCGGCAGACACACCUCCGUGCUCUCCUCUACCACCUCCAUCCUUUCCUGCAGAGGCAACAAAUCCACUACAGCAUCUACAUCGUACAGCAGUGGGGUAAUGGUACAUUCAACCGAGCCAAGCUGCUGAAUGUCGGUGUGCGGGAAGCCCUUCGAGAUGAGGAAUGGAGCUGCAUUUUCCUCCAUGAUGUUGACCUGCUGCCUGAGAACGACCACAAUACUUACACUUGCCACAAGCAGUUUCCAACACACCUGUCUGUGGCCAUGGACAAGUUCAAAUACAGGCUACCAUACCCACAGUAUUUCGGUGGGGUUUCUGCAGUGACUCCAGACCAGUACAUGAAGAUGAACGGCUUCCCCAAUCAAUAUUGGGGCUGGGGGGGAGAGGAUGACGAUAUUGCGGCAAGAGUGCGUCUGUCUGGCAUGAAAAUUGUGCGCCCCCCGGUGGCCGUUGGUCAUUACAAAAUGAUCAGGCAUAGAGGAGACCAAGGGAAUGAGCAAAACCCACACAGAUUUGACCUCCUGAAAAGGACCAGACUCAACUGGCGCUCUGACGGCUUCAACUCCCUGACUUAUGAACUCCUCUCUAAAGAGGAGGAACCUCUCUACACUAACCUCACUGUCAACAUCGGAGAAGAGCCCCACCACCCUCAGGGGAAAACGGCCACCCCCGUGCAUCUACGUAGCUCCUCCAAGACGGAAGCCACAGAUAAUCGGGAGCCCAAGACUCCAGAGAGUAAAAAACCUGUGGUCCUAAAUGUCACUGUAACAAGACCUGAUGGCAUGAAGGCAGAAGCUCCUCAGACAAAGGCAGCUAUUGAAAUGACCCAGGAGAAAACAAAAGUGCAUGCGUCUCACCUGUAGCACUGAAUGGCUUUUUUCUUCGUGGCUUUUCGUGGGAAUGCUUGCAGGAUGCCACUUGGUUUUCACUUUGGACUUUCACGAACGAGACUGGGUUCAACAAGUCAAAUCUACCGCGAGUGAAUAACCCAAAACUUCAUUCGGUGUGCUGCGAAUAAACUUGUGCCUUCUCUUUUAAAGCGCUUUUAUAAACCAAUAUCAACCUGAGAUUUAUUUGACCUCUCCCACCUUAUGGCAAAUGUUUAAAAGCAGGGAGGCGCAAUUUCAAAGCUUACAUAUCACUGGCGGAGCUAGAAGGGGGGGGCGCGGGGGCACUGGCCCCUUUGAAAUAUGGUUGGACCCCAAUUUUCAAGGAAUUUUUAUCCACAUUUACACCCAUUCCCCGUAGGGAACAUAUACUCAAUCUUUGUCAGCAUUUUCUGAAGAAUACUUUGGGUUUGUAAAAUAAAUGUUUUGCAAACCCCUUGAGAAAAAAACUAGCUCCUCCAGUGCUACAUAUUUGUUCCAGGAUUCCUGUUUUCUAUCAAUGUGCAUCAAGGUCACUAUAGAUUAUAUAUUUAUAUAGAGAAACAUUUUUAUUUGUGCACCAGUUUCUAUUUUCUUUGUUUGGUGCCUCUCUCUUUGAGUUUUGUUUUCUAGACAAUCAAACCACGUAAAUUCAUAGUUUAUGGAAACAGAUCUUUAUUGGCUGACUUGGCAUAUAAUAGCUAUCAUGACUGUCAGAUAAUCAUAUGUUGAGCAUGAUGCUGUAAUUGUUAUUGAUUCUACUCCUGUUACACGGAGUAAUGAUCUUUGAUAUUGUAGUGUUCUUCUAUUACCAGGAAUGAAAAAAAGAAACCAACCUUGCAGAUAAUAUUUAAGGUGUAUCACUACCUAGUGUCUAUAGUGUAAAGUGGCUAUAGUGACAAUUAAACACUGUGUAUAAACUCAGAUUAAUUCGUAGAGAGAAACUGUUAUAUUAUAAUUAACCAGAAGCAUCUAAUUGUGUAGAUGGGUUUACGAUUGUUUUCAUUCAUUCAUUGAAAUGUAGAACAUUUUAGAAGGAAGAUAUUGUACUCAGAGGAUAGAAUUUUAUAUUUUAUAUUAUUUUAAUUCAGCCAUUUUGAAUGUAUCUCAGCAGCUUGACGAGGGGAUGUGAACUAUACGUGUAUGUGUAUGUGAGGGUGAGGGGGUGUGAAUUGAAUGUGCUUGUUGCAUCUAUUGCUGCUCUAAAUAGUGAUUUACAUCAAGAUAUCAGUUAAAAUAUGCUUUUAUUUCAAAUGUGCAGUUCAGAAUAUAAUACAGAUAGAAAUUUGAAUGUAAUUGUUUAUCAGUUGCUCAUGAGCUAAAUGGUUUGUUUGAUGGUAGACUACCGUUUUUUUCCGUGUAUAGUGCGCAAUAUUUUACUAAUUUAUUGUCCUAAAAUCUGGGGUGCGUAUUAUACAUGGGUACAAAGAAAAAAAUUUUUAAUUUUUUUUUUUUUAAAUUUUUUUUUUUUUUUUUUUUUUAAAUAAAGUCAUAGUACAACAAAACCAACAACAGGACUGACCGACAAAGUCGUGGAACAAAAAGACAGGGUGACAUUACCAAAGACAGGAACAGAAUGACAGUAACACAUGCAAUGAUCCAACGGUGAGCGAGGGGCAGACAGGACUUAAAUACAAAACACGUUACAUCGAUUGAGGUGACACAGGAAGAGCGGGGUGACACGAACAGAAACUAUGGCAACCUAGACACAUAGCAAAACUGGGGACGAGACAUGACAAAUCUCCCCCGAAAUAAAACUCACCUUUCUUCUUGUUUGUUGUCAAUCGCGCAUCGCAUUCAGCCAUCCUGCCCAACACACUUAGUAAAAUUCAUAAUUGACGACACAUCGUUUGAUGCGAUGGUGCAAUCGAUGGUGUGUUAUUGUCAAAUAUUGUUUGUUUUUUAAUCUCCAUCGCGGACCGGACGUCAUACGGAGGCCGCCAUUACAGAUGCGCAGAACGGUUGCGCAAGACACGUCAGCUAUAUAAAGAGCGAGAGUUCAGUUCUCCACCUAUUAGUUUCAAUUCACAGUUUAAUUAGCAGUUUCAAUCAGCAAAUAACAAAAUGCGUAUUACAGGUAAUAUUUUAUUUCACAACACUUUGCCUUGUUCCUUUCGUCUCUGCUGUUCAUUUCAAACACGCUCCAUACGACCGCAAUGCUCUUGUAUCAGACGCUCGCUCGAUCACCUGCUAGUUUGCCGUCUGUCACAAUGUACCCUACACAAAUCCGAAACAUUUGUUGCGGCUCCGAGUCACGACGAGGGGCAAGUUUUGGUUUCCAAGGGUGUUUUUAUUCCUCUUCAACGUCUCUCCCAUACAGAGCCGCCGUGUGCGCACGGAGCGCGGUGGUGCGUUUAGGGGCAGUCGGAGAAGUCAACGCCAACAAAAAAAUGACAUCCAGCCUAGUUAAGACCAUACCAAAGACUUUAAAAAUGGGACCCAUUGCCUCCCUGCGUGUGUGACGAUCUUUGGGACUUAAAAAAAAAAAAAAAAAAAAAAAAAAUUUAAAAAAUUCAUAAAAAUUGGGUGCGUAUUAUACAUGGGUACAAGCUUUUUUCCAGCAUCAGCAUGCCAUUGUUAGGGGUGCGUACUAUACAUGGGGGCGCACUAUACAUGGAAAAAAACGGUAUGUCUGUAUCUCAUUGUGCCUACGUCCAUCGCUCUCGUCGUGCGAAACUCAAAGGCGCGCCAAUGGCACAGUGCCGAGCGAAGCCGAGGAAUGAAUGAAAGUGCGGCGUGUGUGACUUGAAUGUUAAGUAUUAAUAUUCACCAUUCACAGGAGUCAGCCAAUCAAAGGUGCGCAUUGCUCUGCCUGGAGGGUUUCUCAGAUCCUGACAGUUUAAAGGCGCACAUCUUCAUUUUGCAACAGGCUAGACAUCAGAUAAUCAGUGGAUGUAAUUGCAUAAAAGAGAGAUGUUUAUUGAGUAGUAUCUAUUUAAAAGCAGAGAGCAUUACAUAAUGUUAUAUAAAAUUGUCAUUUCUCAGCCUUUACCAACAUAAUGAUUUUAGUUACAUAAUGUUUAAUUAUACAGAAGGCAUUUAUUAUAGGAUGUCAUGAAAUCUCAGCAGUGCUAUUUGCAAAUUUUGAGUUUAUGUUGGAAUUGUCCUAUUAACAAGUGUGAUUUUUUUUUACAUCAUGUAGAACUUGCUAUGAAGCUCACCGGCUAGAACAUUAAGUACACCUGCACUGUUUAAUAAAAGCCAUUGAUGUAAA